AUGCUAUAUGAAUCCUCCGGCCUUAAGUUCUUUCCUGCAUCCACUCUACAAGAAUGGCAACUGCACAUUAAGAACUUUUCCAGUCUCGUAGACCCAGAUUCAUAUGCCGAAUCGUCAACCGCCACCGCGCAAGAUCUUGAUGACUUCAAUGUCGAGGUCGUGGACGACGUCUUGGUGCCCGUGCUUACCGACUCCGACCCACUCCCCGACUUACUACAUCUCCGUUCUCGCCUGGGACCUCAUCCCACCGGCGGUAUAAUAACGUCACUCGUGCGUGAGAUCAUUCCCCUGAAUGAGAAACAAGGUAUCGUCGUGGAGAAAAUCAUUUCGGAAGUGCUCAGCACCGUCAACUCUCCGCAGGACCCUUCACCGCAGAAACAAACGCUCCUAUACGUCGGAGGUGAAGGUGGUGUGGGCAAAAGUCAGAUAAUCAAAGCGAUUAACGCCGCUAUGGACCUACUCCACCGCAAAGACGAAGUCAUCCUGAUGGCCCCAACAGGGGCCGCUGCUGAUGUCAUUGGGGGGAGCACCUACCAUACAUCUCUUGGCAUUUCUCUAAACCAUCAUCGACGAACAGGAGUUGGGCCAAGAGUUCGAAGGUUAUGGUGUCGUAAAUCCAUUAUGAUUAUAGAUGAGAUCAGUAUGGUGGACCUCUCCGCGCUCAGUAUCAUCAACACCCACUGCAAGAUCGCACGAUCCCUUAGUAGAUCAUCUCCGGAUCUCUUUGGUGGUUUACCUAUAGUCAUUUUAAUGGGCGAUUUCUGCCAAUUUCCUCCAGUCCAGGGCCAGGCCUUGUGGAAGCUUCCGAGGAAUGAAACAGACGAGGAUGGGAAAAUUAUCUGGAACCAAUUCAAGCAAGUCAUCAUUCUCGAUGAACAGAUGCGUCAAGCAGAGGACUUACCAUAUCGAAAUCUGCUAACUCGGGCGAGGAAUGCCACACUUACGUACGACGAUAUGUUGACCUUAAACUCAGCGGCCAUCAGUUCCAUCGCUGAUCCUCAUCUACAAGCCACAACAGCUAUCGUUAAACUGAACGCCCUUCGACACGUCAUCAAUCGUAUCCAGGUGGAGCGCUUCGCCCGUGCAAAAGAUCAGAAAAUCAUCAUUUUCCCUGCUCUCCACACCCGCACAAGGUCAUCCGCGCCUAUCGACCCACCCCUUUAUGCGGAUGACCUACUCGGGCUUCCUGAACAGGGCGCUAAAGUCCCAACUCCAGGGCUCUUCCUCUACACGCUUUUAAUGCCGACGAUGGUUUUGACCAAUAUAUGCACACCUGCAGGAUUGGUUAAUGGUGCAACCGGAGAGGCAGUGGGGGUUGUGGUUGAUCCAGAGGCCAGCUUCCAUGAGCUCGAUGACUUAUAUAUCUUCUGCACCAAACCUCCAGCCUGUCUUCUGUUCAAACCAAACCGACCUAGAUCAGUUUCAAUUCAUCCCCUAGACAGAAAUGUCUUCCCGAUUUUCCCACUCGAGACGUCUAUAACGGUGAAAGGGUAUUCAGUGCGCCGGAAGCAGGUUCCCAUUUGCCCGGCCUUUUGUCUCACAGACUACAAGGUCCAAGGUGCUACUCUGACGUCCGCGAUUUUGGAUCUUAAGGAUAAUCCGAAAAGUCGACGACAAGACUCGCACCGGAAAUAUUGCUCCACAUAUGUACAACUAUCACGCCUACGCUCGCUGGCUGGCCUUCGUCUUCUACAACCAGUUGAGAUGCGCGACCUCCAGCACGGGCCUGAUCCUCAGUUACUCCACGAAAUGCAGAGAUUACAAGCACUCCAGCUUGACACUCUUACUGCAUGGCGAACAGUAAACUUCGGAUAG